AUGCUGGAUCUGAGCAAUCAUUUUGAAAUAUCCGUGAUUGGAAGCCGAGCUAGAGGGAACAGUUUGAUUGGUUCUGGUAGGAUAGGUGGAGAAAAGGCAGAAAGGAAGAAGGAGGAAGAGGAGGAGGAGGAGGAGGAGGAGGAGGAGGAGGAGGAGGAGGAGGAGGAUGAUGAUGAUGAUGAUGAUGAUGAUGCUGAUGAAAAGACGUCUGCAACUAAUGGCAUCACAGACUACAGCCACGAUCUCCAGGUCCUGGCUACGGGUAGUGCACUUGAUGAGUGUGUGUACCCAUCUCAACGAUUGAAGAUCGUCCACAAUGACUUCCCCAGACCCAGAAUCCCUCUUCCUGAUCCACCGCAUCCUUCUCUUGGACAGAACAGAUCCCUGAAUAGGCCAUCUCCACAAGCUGAUGAGCCACCAGAGAAAAAGUCAAAACUCUCGUCACCGACAAGUAACGCCCACAGUGCAGAACAAGUGGAAACGUCAGAUACAAAGAACGGAUCCCCCACCCUCCCACGACAAGACCCAACAUCCCAAACAAGAGGAUCAGAACAACCUGUAUCUGAAGACACAGAAAUGAAAGAUGCCUCCUCAGACCCCUCCCCAGCCAGCCUUCCCACUCCGGCAAGCUCCCUUCCUCCACAACUGCUCACGCUCCUCCGAACAAUUCAGUCAACUCUCCGCUCCAACUUCCCCACCUCCCCACCGCACACCUCUCAACGCCUCGCCGAACUGAUCCUUUCCCCCAAACAACACUACCGCAGCCUUCCCUCCUAUCUCCGCGCUCUCGACCGCAUAAUCACAGUCGCCUCCCCACUCUCCGCCUUCCCCCUCCCCACAAUAACCGGCCUCAGCAACGGCAUCAACCCUGAACCCGUCCUUUUCAAUGGCACCUCCCCCUCUCUCCAUCCUCCACCCCCAGCUCCUCCAUCGAAGAAAACGGCGGCUCAGACUCCACCUUCAUCGGCGGCGCAGAACUAA